CCUCAGCGGCGGCUGGGACGGCGCCGGCGAAGAAGUCCAGCUCCUCCUGGACCUAUGCCUUCAGUGUUUGACAAAGAACCUUUCCAGAUACACUGCAGAUAUUAAGUCAUUGCCACCCAACAUAAAGGAUAAACUGAUUAAGUUAAUGAGUAGGCAAGGGCAAAUAACUGAUUCAAAUAUCAGUGAGGUAUUGCACCCUGCUGUAGAGUCUCUAGACCUCCGAGACUGUGAUAUUUCAGAUAAUGCCUUAUUGCAGCUUUAUAACUGCAAGCAAUUGAAAAAAAUCAACUUAAAUUCUUGCAAAGAAAACAGAUUGGGAAUCACUUCAGAAGGUGUCAUAGCACUGGCCUUGUCCUGUCCUUACUUGCGUGAAGCGUCUUUCAAAAGGUGCUGCGAUAUCACUGACAGCGGAGUUCUUGCUCUUGCGCUCCACUGCCAGUUCCUACAAAUAGUGAACUUGGGCAGCUGCUCAGGCAUCAUGGAUGCGUCUCUGCAGGCGCUGGGAGAAAACUGCAAAUUUCUUCACAGUGUGGACUUUUCAUCUACCCAGGUAACAGAUGAUGGCGUUGUAGCACUAGUGAGUGGAACAUGUUCAAAGAAUUUAAAGGAGAUCCACAUGGAGCGCUGUGUGAAUCUGACUGAUGUCGCUGUGGAAGCGGUCCUUACUUGUUGUCCGAAGAUACACAUUUUUCUGUUCCAUGGAUGCCCAUUGAUAACAGAUCGUUCCCGAGAUGUUUUAGAGCAGCUAGUCAUAUCAAACAAAAUCAAGCAAGUAACAUGGACUGUUUACUGAUUAUUUAUCAUGUACGUAUGAGUGUAAAGUUUACAGAUGGGAGAGCUCUUUCAGAAAACAAGCACCUUGGAGAAAGAGCUGGUGACUUUUGUACUACCAGAUUGCUUCCCUCCUUGUUCCCACCAGAGGUCUCCGUGGCCAUUCUAGUCCUUGCCUGGUCACCAAUCAGCACUUCAGUUUGCUGUAUCCUGAUGCAUUUCCUCAGCCAGUGAUGCAGACCAUCAGCAAGUUGUUCAUCGUAAAACAUAUCUCCUAGAACAAUGAGGUCCCAGUUACCAGCCUCUGAAUUAAUGAUGUUCUUAAUGGUGAUGGGAAAAGGAUUCAGGUGAUUCAGUUCACAGUUCAAGAUCAUUGCCAUUCCUGCAACUGAAGAAAAGUCAAAGUAAAAUGAAAGUUACAUUUUAGGAUUCU